AUGAAGAUUGACGUAAUCUUGGCCUUGGUUACGGCGGCUCUGUUGCCUACUGGAUCUCUGGCCGACGAUACAGCCGCAACCAAAGCACAACAAGAUUCUGUGACGCAGACCACCAAACUAGAAGAGGCGCGCAAGAAGCAGUUGCAUGAAUUAACUGACAACGCUUUGUUUGUGGAGACGUUUGAGACCGAAGAAGUAUUUGAUGGCAGUCGCUGGUUCAAGAGCACAAAUGAAAAAUAUGCAAAUCAAGAUGUUUCUAUUAAUAAGGUGACUCUUGAAGCGGCACACUUGAUACCCAACCGUGGUCUCGUAUUGGAUAAGCCCGCGCACCACUAUGGUCUGGCGGUCAAGCUUGACGAGCCAUUGCAGGUGGAUGGAAGUGAUGCUAGAAAAGAGAUGGUAGUGCAGUAUGAGGUAAAAUUACAAAAUGGUUUGGACUGCGGUGGCGCCUAUGUAAAGCUACUGCGUCAAGAGCAGGAAAAGCAGGACUUCUCGGACUUCAGUGACACAACUCCUUUUGUGCUUAUGUUUGGCCCUGACAAAUGCGGUCAGGACGAUAAGUUGCAUCUUAUUUUUCAACACAAGAAUCCUGUAUCGGGUGAAUACGAAGAGAAGCACAUGAUGGAGGCCCCAGGUAUCAAGAAUGAUAAGGAUACGCACCUUUACACAGCUGUGAUACGCGAUGACAAUACGUUUGAGGUAUUCGUCGAUCAGGAAUCGGUAAAAAGUGGCACCUUGUUGGACAACUUCUUGCCGUCCGUCAUUCCAGAGAAGGAGAUCGACGAUCCUCAAGACUCUAAGCCCAAAGACUGGGUUGAUCUGAAGAAAAUUCGUGAUCCGAACGCUGUUAAGCCCGACGAUUGGGACGAAGAGGCGCCUGCUCGUAUUCUGGAUGAGGAUGCGACGAAGCCGGAUGACUGGCUGGACGAUGAGCCUGCCAUGAUCAAUGAUCCAGAUGUGACGAAGCCUGAGGAUUGGGAUGACGAAGACGACGGGGAAUUUGUGGUUCCACAGAUUCCCAACCCGAAGUGUGCCGAUGUGUCUGGCUGUGGCGAAUGGAAACGUCCUACAAAGGCGAAUCCUGCGUACAAAGGCAAAUUUUUCGCGCCGUACAUUCCGAACCCGGCUUACAAGGGCGAGUGGAAGCCCCGCAAGAUCCCGAAUCCCAACUAUUUUGAAGAUGAACACCCAGCGCGUCUUGACCCGAUCGGUGCUCUUGCUAUAGAGGUGUGGACCAUGUCAGACGGUAUAACGUUCGACAACUUUUGGCUCGGCAACGAUUUGAAGAAGGCACAAAAGUUUGCGGAGCUCACUUGGUUACCGAAGCAUGUUGUUGAGGUGGAGGCGAAGGGGAAGUCCAAGGAAGCUGAUGAGAACAACAAUGACGGUGGAGCUAUGAAGAUGUUCGAAACGCUGGCAACGGACUUUGCCAAUUAUGCCAAUGCCAACCCCUUGCUUGCUAUCGGAGGAGUAGCUGGAGUUGCCGUGCUGGCGACACUUGCCAUGUUCUUUUUGUGUUGUGCGUCUGUGGCCUCGAAAAGUGAAACAGUUUCUGAAAAAUCGGACAGCGGAGCAGACGAUGAUGAAGAGGACGAUACAAAAGCAGUGGUCAGUGGCGAGAAGGAGAAGACAGUGCGACAGCGCAAGAAAGCUCCCAAGGUCGAGUAG